GAUUCUGGCCAAUCGCGGAGUUCUCUUCGUACAGGGUCUGCCAGGUCUCUUGGCUGCGGGUGGGUUCCGUCCGGACAAGAUACCGACCAUGCAGGAGGUGCAGGAGGCCGGGUCGCGAAUUUUCGAGUCCACAUCCUGCACUGAGCGGGUGGAUGUCUUCGUGAGUCAUCGCUGGGGUGCUGCACGCUGGGCGAAGUACGUGAACCUGUGCCUCUAUCUCAACCUGUCCGCUGCAGUCGUGUGCUCCCUGAUUACAUGGGUGCUGGCCACUGCAGUCAUGAUUUUACGUGCCGGAAGCGCUGGCAACCUAGGGGGCAAUCGCUUGUUGCUGCUCGUCUUGGUCUACUUGCCCAUGGGAGUGUUUUUUCUCAUGUUCUUUGUCGGGCAACACGCCAUCCACCUUUUCUCUCCAACGUCCCUUUGGGUGGAUCGUGCCUGCGCGCACCAGACAGAUCACGAGCUAAAGCGGCGGCAGAUCCAGGCGCUGCCAGUGUUCGUUGCACAGUCAUCCUCUAUGCUGGUGUUGUGGGACGACGAAUACUUCCAGCGUCUUUGGUGCCAGCUAGAAUUGGCUACGUUCGCAAAGUACGGCAGUGUGCAGAAGGUUAAUAUCCUUCCCCUUUGGUUGGCGCCGUGGCUGCUCUCUGCGCUUGUCAUAAACCUCGGCGCUGCUUCUGGUUGGAACCUCCUGUGGUAUGGAAUCUCUCCAGACUUUCUAUACUCCCUGGUCGCAACGGUUCAAGCAAGGGUUCCGCAGAAUCUCUCAGAGCCAGUCACUUCGGUGAUCAUCGUUACGCUCUUUGGCGGUAUGGUGGGCUUACUCGCAUCGAUCCCGUGGGCAGUCGCUUGCAAAGCCAAAUUGCGAAGCCACGAAAAGAUGUUGGACCAAAUGGCGAAUUUUGAUUGCCGGGCUGCACAAUGUACAGAGCCAGCCGAUAGGCUACUAGUGCAGCAGCAGGUCCAGCAUCUAUUUCGGGCACCCAGACCGCAAAAGGCCAGCCACACUGCAUCAUCCGCCAGCAGCUCAUCAGACAUGAGUGAGGUGGAUGAAAUUGAUGACGGGUCGCUGGAUGCUUUCAAUGGCUACAUUCAAGGGCCACUGCGUUCCGUCGUCAUGGAAAAUGUCGGAGCAAAGCUGCAUGUUCCCUAUGGCUUGUGCCUGCUCGCUGGCUUGCCAAUGACGUUUUACUCCAGCGUGGACAUUCUCCAAUGUGAUGAGGCGUGCGUAGCCAGCAAUGGGUUCAAAACUUUUUCCUCCUACAUGAAGGCCAGCAUGGUGACCUGGCUCGUGAACAUUUUGCUGGUUUACCCCAUCUUCUACCCAGUUUUUCUUCGGAUGCUCAAGCGCGCUUUCUCCGUCCAGCCAGAGUAUUUGCAGUUCAUCUUGGCAGUCAUCAGCAGCGUUGUGAGCUUAAGCUACGGCUACUUCUGCAGCGGAUGGGUAUUUGGACUCUUCUACCUCUGGGUCCAGCACGGCAUGGUGGGCCUACUCCCCCUCCUAGCUCUCUUGGUAAUCCUGGUCUUGCAGCAACAGUGCCUCUUCGGCAGCCAUCGAGGUCUGCAACAGUCGUCCGCUGAUGGCACGUACCGGAGCUUACACGCUUUUGACGAGUUUACGAUUUAA